CCCUGUUGUAAAUCCCUCUGUCUUGUACUGCACCUCCUCCAGUUCUCUUCUCCCUCCCCUGAAGCUGCUAAACCCCCCCACCCUUCAGGCCAUUAAAGCGCAAGUCAAGGUCGUCGGUGUGUGAGGCGCGUCUUGCGGUACCUCCCUUAGCCAGCCCGCGCACGGACCACCAGGUACUGGCGACUCUGCCGAGUACCGCUGCCUGCUGGAACGCAAAUGGCGCGCGCGGGUCACUCGCCCGCUGCAGAUGCGUGUGGCGCUACCUGCGGGCUGCCAACCCCGCUACCUCGCGCCCAAGUCGCUCUGCAGCAAACAGCCGUGUCGCAGUCACAUUCCAGCGACGGAGCCCUGCGCCGUCUGACUUGUACCGCCCUGUGCUGUGGCGCCCCUCCCUGCUACGCUCCCUCCGUCGCCUCCCAGCUCUCGCUUCACGUUCCAUUCUCGCGGCGUGUUUUCUUCACUGUUUAUUAGUACAGCCUCUGUCCCACUUGGGCCUGGUUUUCUCUUCUUUCCGCGCUUCAUUCCCUCCCCUCCUCCUCAUUCAUCCUUUUUUCUCCCAUUGUUUAUUCCAGGCUUCUCUCGCUCUCUCAAGACGCCACAACAACACACGCCAAACACGUUCGUUUUCAGUCUGGUGUAAAAACAAGGGGAAAACAGAGGACGUUUCGCUAAACACUGGAUUUUUUGAAGCGAAUACAUACCACAAGCAGAAAAAAAAAAAGAAGAAAAAAAGAAAAGAAUUAAUCUGCAAAAGCCGUUUCUCGCCUCAUUUCCAACUAAUUGAUACUCAUCUCUAUUUUACUGUGAAUCAUCAUCUGCUGCCAUCAAUCAUCUGUUUUUGCUCUCCACCGAUUCAAAGUGCUCUUCACUGGGUCAACUUGUCGCAUCAUCGCAUCCCGCACCAAAUCGAAUUCGCAUCGCAAAAUCGCAAAGUUGAAUCGCUAUUUUUAAUUCGCCCAUCAUGGCCGCCGUCACUCGCCAGCCCUUUGCUCCCCUGGACGGAGCCCGUCUUCAAUCAUUAACCAGUCUCAAAAAUAGACAAAAUGCCGCUCCCGUCUCUCCAAAGCGCAAAGCUGAGCUGCUGGAGAUUGACAACUGCGAGAAUGUCGAUCCGCUGCUCUUCUCCAAGCGCUCCAAGGGCGUCAGCUCCAAGGACGCCCUCAAGCCCUCCAACUUCUUUCUCACUCCCAAGGCCAGCACGCCUGCGCGGUCUGCCGCUCCAGUCAAGGCCGCUUCAACGCCUCGACGCAUCCUCAGUGCAAAGUCAUGCAUGAGCAAGCUCGGCUCUGAAAAUGCCACGCCCAAGUCCUGCCCUCCUCCAGCCGGGCGCUCACCAACCCAUGGAAAGCGAUCAAAAAUGCUGUCGAGCCGGCGACGCACUACUCGUCUGGACCCUCCCUCCUUCAUGGGGGCUUCUUCUGCCCCCUUCUCUCUCGAUGCUGCCUUGAAGGGCACCAUUGCCGGGUACACGCCCAAGCCUUCAGCCAGGAAACCCAUGUCUAGCCUGCUUGAGCCUGAGAGCAAGUCCAGCUGGUUCUUUGACAUUCAUGAGGACACCCCUGAGCAGGAGAUGACCAACCUCCUCCAGCACAGCACCUGCACACUCGACAUCUCGUCUGAUGAGGAGACGGAGCAGCGCGCAAAGCGGGAUGGUGCCGAGGGCCGUGACAAGGAGAACAUUCCCCCUCCAGAUGACGUCUCUCAGACCUCGGCCCAGCCGGCCAGCCAGCCCAAGGGCGAGGAGAUGGUUAUUGAAAAGGAGCGGGUUGCACUGGGAGAGAUGAACGCUGCAGACUUUUACGCCGACGGCUGCGAUGAGUCAUCGGUGAUUCUGAUCCACGAGGAUGACGAGGAGCCGGAAGCUCCUCUCGCCAGCAUCUCAAACAUUCAUGAAGAAGAGGAAGAGACAGAGGUAGAGGAGGACGAGGAGGAAGAGCUCGAGAUCCACGAGGACAUUGAUGCCCUCAUCUCAAGAUCCGACGACUCAUCAUCCAAGGCGGCUGUGCUGCAACCCAUUGAAGGCACAGGCGAGAGCUUUGAGCUAUGGGAAAGCGACAGCGCCAAGGAUGCUGGGAGCCCGUGUGGGAGCCCGUGAGGAGCCGUGUUUGCAAUGGACGUUGCAUCUUCAACGAGGGAAUGAGUGUACGCUUUCUUACGCUGGAUGAAGAGCGAGCAAGCAUUGAGCCUUUUGUUUGAGUCUUUUUUUUCUCAUCUUUCUCUUUUUAUAUUUCUCUGACACUGUUUGGCCUGUUUUUUUUUUAUUAGUUCUUCCUCUCUUUUGUUUAAACCUGCUUCAAAAAGGCCGUGACUUUGGCGCAUCAGUUUUUUGCCCUCUAUUUUCUCUUUCAGGGCUGGGCGGCGUUAUCUGGUUUUUGUGCGGAAUUUGGUGAUACCAGGAGUUGUUGCUUGAUUUGAUGCGCCGGUCCGUGGCCGUUCUUGUUAGAGUCUUUGCAGAGUAGCAAGUAUCGUACACGAUUAAUCGUA